AUGGGGAUGUUAGACGCAUCUCGCCAUCAGAGAAAAGCGUUCCAAAAAUGUCUAUUGCACACUUCCCAAAUAAGGACAUCACAUCAAAGCUGUCACUCGCUGCCAUUACCAAGAACCCGCUGACAGAGGUCAGCAUAAGUCUGUGGGCUCAGCUUCCCGUCGUCAGGGCCUCCCAAUCAAGGACAGCAUUUACUUUCAUUGAUAGCUCAAACGCCUCCGCGAUAGCCUUGCGAUUCACCACUAAAGGGAUAUUUGAACUUGAUAUACAUGGCUCUCUAAGAAUGCUUCAUGGUCCUCCGGUUGUUGACGGCAAAUGGCAUCAUUACGGAAUCACGUGGCGGUCAAAUGAUGGUCACGUGGAGAUACAUGCGGACGGUAUACUGAGACUCAGCCAGACGGGAUUUGCCACUGGCCACACCCUCCCAGCCGGGGGCACCAUGGUACUUGGGCAAUCCUAUCGGGUUCUCAAUGGCGCCCUUAAUCAAGAUUCGGAUUUGAAUUUCCAUGGCAACCUUACUAGUGUGAACAUUUGGAGUCGUCUGUUGGGAGGCCUGUCCAUGGCUGCUUUGAGCAAAGGGACUGGACUCGAGUCUGGUGACGUUAUAAGCUGGAAGAAUCUUGCUAAGGAGGACAACAAGAUGGGGAACGUCACACUUCAAGCACACGAUGAUAUCAGAUCACCAGUGCGCUCAGUCGAUUUUUAUUUGGAUUUUGGCGCCGUCAAGUCCACCAGUAAUUACGGCAGAUUUCCAGGAACUUUUCCUGAUCUGGAAGCCUUUACUCUCAGCAUUUGGGUCAACAGGCCAAAAGCAGAGGAGAGCGGUCUCGUGGCGUAUAGCAUCCCCGGUGUGCCCGACUACUUUGGACUUUAUCAUAAAUCGGAUACGCUGUCGAUCAGCCUCUUAAACAAGUGGUUAUAUUUCCCCAUCACGCCGUUCGCUGCUAAUGGCUGGGUGUGGUUUGGGUGGCAAUGGAGGAAAUCGGAUGGGCGGACACUCUGUUAUAUCGGAGACACGCUUGUGAAGAACGGCACUUAUGAAGUAGGUUCUACGAUGCAAGGAGGAGGUAUACUAAUACUUGGCCACGAAUUAGACGCCCAUGGUGGAGGCUUUCAGACGUCUCAGGUGUUAACCGGGCACAUGAGCCACUUCAACGUGUGGAGCGUUUUCCUGGACAAUUCGGAUCUGAUGGCCUUACACCGAGGAGGUGAUGCAUUCGAGGGUGAUGUCGUACCGUGGAGCAUCUUUCGCAGCACAGGCUCAUACUUUGGGGCCAUAAAAGUCGUGGAAUAUUCCCCAUGCACAAGCCAAACGGCUUCUGUUAUGGCUCUACGCUCUUCCUGGUGUGAGAAAUUUAUUAAUGCUGUUGGUCCCUUUGUGACACUGUGCGAUAGAAGACCGACGAUCAAGACAAGGCUUCUACGUUGUUACAUAGCAGGUUCCUUACAGAAGGAUGCUAAUGGGCUCUUUUGGUCCGACGAGGGGUCCCUGUUGUACACCCGCAAUGAAGAACUCAGAAUAAUCCACGAUUAGACUAUGUGCGUCUUUAUUUGCUCUAAACACUUUGGCAUAUCAAGUUAGUAUUACAGUGUGUUGCCCCAA